UCAAUCUCUCGUAAAUCCUCUGGAAAAACCCCCUAAUUGUUAGGGUUUUAGUAAAACUCUUCAAAUUCUCGUGAAAAUUCACUUCAUUGUUUCAUUUUUGAAGUUUCAGCGAAUCAAAAUUGCGAAAGUUGUGAUUCGAAUCGACGAUCUAGAUGAAAACUAGGGUUUUUUUACUCUGUUUUCUCAUCCUUUCGUCGAAUUUCUCUCAUUUACAAUCGGAGGAAACGAAGACUAACAAAUUCCGAGAACGAGAAGCUACAGAUGAUUCCAGUGCUUAUCCAAAUAUAGAUGAGGAUGAAUUGCUGAAUACACAAUGCCCCCAGCAUUUGGAGCUAAGAUGGCAGACAGAAGUUAGUUCUAGCGUGUAUGCCUCGCCCUUGAUAGCUGACAUUAACAGUGAUGGGAAGCUUGAGGUUGUAGUUCCCUCAUUUGUUCAUUACUUGGAAGUUCUGGAAGGUUCUGAUGGAGAUAAACUGCCAGGAUGGCCAGCUUUUCAUCAAUCUACCAUUCAUUCCAGUCCUUUACUGUAUGACAUUGACAAGGAUGGAGUGAGGGAGAUAGGUUUGGCCACCUACAAUGGUGAGGUGCUCUUUUUCAGGGUGUCAGGAUACUUGAUGUCUGAUAAACUUGAGAUUCCUCGGUUGAAGGUCAAAAAGAAUUGGUAUGUGGGUUUGAAUUCAGUCCCUGUGGACCGUUCUCAUCCGGAUGUCCACGAUGACCAACUAAUCCAGGAGCAUCUGAUGGAAUCUGUAGUCCGUCAUAAUGCAUCUAGUCACAGUGGCAACCAUUCAGACUCUACAGCAUCGGCUGUUCACAAUGAGACACAUUCUGUUCUGGAAGAAGUCCACCAUGAUGCAUCUAGUCACAGUGGCAACCAUUCAGACUCUACAGCAUCGGCUGUUCACAAUGAGACACAUUCUGUUGUGGAAGAAGUCCACCAUGAUGCAUUUAAUGCUUCAAUAUCUUUGCCAUCAGAAGUUUCACAUGACAACUCUUCUAACAUGGCUAACUUAAACAAUAGUAUUCUGAGUUCUGAAAAUGAGAAAAUUAGGAAUUUGGAAAAUGGAACCAAUACCGGAAGAAGGCUUCUUGAAGAUGACGUGUCAAAAAGAGCUGAGGAAGAUGUUCAAGCUGCAACUGUGGAAAAUGAAGAAGGUCUAGAAGCGGAUGCUGAUUCAUCUUUUGAGUUAUUUCGUGACAGUGAUGAGUUGGCAGAUGAGUAUAAUUACGAUUAUGAUGAUUACGUUGAUGAGCACUCGUGGGAUGAUGAAGAAUUUCAGGAGCCAGAGCAUGAGAAAGUAGAGGAUUAUGUGGAUAUUGAUGCUCAUGUUUUGUGUACGCCUGUCAUAGCAGACAUUGACAAUGAUGGGGUGUCAGAGAUGAUUGUUGCAGUUUCCUAUUUCUUUGACCAUGAGUACUACCAAAAUUCGGAGCAUUUGAAGGAGCUUGGAGACAUUGAAAUUGGAAAAUAUGUAUCUGGUGGUAUUGUUGUUUUUAAUCUAGAUACCAAGCAAGUUAAAUGGACUCUACAGCUGGACCUAAGUACUGACUCAGAGAACUUCCGUCCCUACAUCCACUCUGCCCCUACGGUAGUUGAUUUGGAUGGUGAUGGAAAUUUGGACAUUCUAGUUGGGACCUCUUAUGGAAUGUUUUAUGUCUUGGAUCACAAGGGGAAAGUGAGGGAUAAGUUUCCUCUUGCAAUGGCUGACAUCCAAGGAGCAGUAAUUGCAGCUGAUAUAAAUGAUGAUGGCAAGAUUGAACUAGUUACUACAGAUUCACAUGGCAAUGUUGCUGCAUGGACUGCACAGGGCAAAGAAAUUUGGGAAAAUCAUCUUAAAAGCCUUGUUCCCCAGGGACCUGCCGUUGGUGAUGUGGAUGGGGAUGGCCAUACCGAUAUCGUUGUUCCAACAGUUUCAGGGAAUAUUUAUGUUCUGAGUGGCAAGGAUGGCUCCAUUAUACGCCCAUAUCCUUACAGGACUCAUGGUAGAGUGAUGAAUCAAGUUCUUCUUGUUGACUUGACCAAACAUGGGCAGAAGAAAAAAGGGCUUACAAUCGUUACUACAUCAUUUGAUGGUUACUUGUACCUCAUAGAUGGACCUACAUCAUGUGCUGAUGUUGUAGAUAUUGGUGAAACAUCAUACAGCAUGGUCUUGGCUGACAAUGUUGAUGGUGGAGAUGACCUCGAUCUUAUUGUGACUACCAUGAAUGGCAAUGUCUUCUGUUUCUCGACACCUUCUCCACAUCAUCCCCUCAAGUCAUGGAGAUCACCUAACCAAGGGAGAAAUAAUGCUGCAUAUCGAUUAGAUCGUGAGGGAGUCUAUGUUACUCCAUCAUCAAGAGCUUUCCGUGAUGAAGAAGGCAAAAGCUUUUGGGUUGAAAUAGAAAUUUUUGAUAAAUACAGAUACCCAUCUGGGUCUCAAGCUCCAUAUAAUGUCACGGUGAGUUUGUUAGUACCUGGCAAUUACCAAGGUGAUAGAACUAUUAAGCAAAAUAAGAUAUUUAAUCAACCUGGAAAACAUCGGCUUAUGCUCCCAACUGUUUCUGUGAGAACUGCUGGUACAGUGUUGGUGGAGAUGGUUGACAAGAAUGGGCUAUAUUUCUCUGAUGAUUUCUCCUUGACAUUCCAUUUUCAUUAUUAUAAGCUGUUAAAAUGGCUUCUCGUUCUUCCUAUGCUGGGGAUGUUUGGUGUGCUUGUCAUUCUUCGUCCGCAGGAGGCCAUGCCAUUACCAUCAUUUACGCGAAACACCAACCUCUGAUGUUGC